AUGAACUACACCCUGGACUUCGGCUCGAACAGCUUCCAAACGUUCACCUCCAAAAACACAGAGACCGUGGAUCCUUUCCUGGCGGCGGCUCGAAUGCUUCGUGGAGGAACGUGGAGCAAAACGUGGCAAACGGCCGACGACAAACCUGUGACUGCGACGUCUGAACCAAAAGAACUGAAAGAUCCGCAGCCGUGUGUGCGCAGCGGACACGUGACCACGGACAGAGCCCAGAGACCCAGUGACCAGAGUCCGGUGCGUCUCUGGAGAUCCGGAGGUCGACCCAACUCCAGAAGGUUCCGGCGAUUCAAAGCCCCUCUGCUCCCCGCCAUCGCCGAGAUCUGA